GAAACCACACAUUCAGCAGUCGAGAGAAUGUUUAUUGACACAUUUAACACAAUAGGUCUCACACAAUGGAUAUUUGAGAGCACCUUUCCAAGAUCAGGCAACAUACUCGAUCUGUUGUUAACUUCUGAGGUGGAUAGGUUAGGAGCGGUUCAAGUCCACGCGCCUCCACCAGGCUGUGAUCAUUGUAGCAUCCACUGUGAUUAUGUCUUUGAUGUAGACAGAGAGGCAGCCUUGAAGGGCCACUGCAGAGUGCUGUGGCAUCGUGGCCACUAUGGAGCGAUCAAUGCGGAGCUGGAGGGCAUUGACUGGGGAACAGAAUUCUCACAGCUUUCCUCGCACGAAGCAUUCACAAAAUUGCUGUCCAUCAUGAACCCACUCAUAGACCGACACGUUCCAAGAAGGAUGCACGACACUAGACCAAUGAAACCCCCCUGGAAGUCAAACCCUCCAUCGUCUUUGAAGCGCCUGCGUAGGGAAGCAUGGCAAGCUUACAAGGAUAUCAGAUCCAUGCUUGGCAGAAAGUCGCCUGAGACGUGCUUGGCACUGAAAACAUUUCUCGAGACCAACAAUAACAUACGAUCCUACGCUCAUAGGUCCCAGAUAGAGUACGAAAGGUCACUGAUAGCAAGAUCCAAAGCAAAUCCGAAACUUCUUCACUCUUACAUGAGACAUAAAAAGCAAUUCCGCUCCUCCGUGGGUCCACUGCGCAUGGACCCAAACACCAUUUCUGAUGAUCCGGGGGAAAUGGCAGACUGUCUUCUUCGUGCUUUUGCUGACAUUCACACUGCUGCGGUGCCGGAGGAGCCGGCUCCUCAUCAGCGUUGCGAGGCCGCACUUAGCGAGAUCGAGUUCGGCCCCUCUGACGUACGCACACUGCUCACCGGUCUAGAUCCAAACUCAGCCAUGGGACUGGACGGGCUGCACCCAAGACUGUUGAGGUCUUGUGCCAAUACCCUCACCAGUCCCUUGUAUAUUAUCUUCCGUCGGUCCCUUCUAGAGGGGAAGCUUCCUCGAGCCUGGAAGUCAUCACUGAUUGUGCCUAUCUUUAAGAAAGGUUCCCGUCACGACCCUCAGAACUACAGGCCGGUUGCACUGACGUCAGUUGCUUGUAAGAGUCUUGAGAGAUUGAUCUUCCGUGGACUUUAUGAUUACUUCUGCGAAAAUGCGAUUCUCUCUGAGGAACAGUUUGGUUUCCGUCCAGGUCGCUCCACGGAGGACCAGCUGAUUCUCACUUAUGAUGAAAUCACUAGCGCGCUUGACUGUGGCCAUCCUGUCGACCUCAUCAUGUUCGAUUUCUCGAAAGCAUUCGACGUGGUUUGUCAUGCCGUCCUCCUCGAGAAGCUAAGACAGAUCGGUGUGCAGGGAAGGCUUCUUGACUGGCUGUAUGAUUUCUUGGUGGGAAGAGAAAUGCAAGUGCUGGUUAAAGACACGACAAGCAAGCCAACAGAGGUGCUGAGUGGUGUACCACAGGGCUCCGUUCUAGGACCGAUUUUGUUCCUAUUGUACAUAAAUAACAUCGCUUCAACUUUGACGAGUAGCUACAAGAUAUUCGCGGAUGAUUUGAAAGUGUAUAUGAAGAUGGACAGAGAAGCCCCUCUGACUACAGCGGAAGAUCUCCAGAGGGACAUCGACCUACUGUACGACACAGCCACAUCGUGGGGGCUGGCGCUUAACCUACGAAAGUGCGCUGUGCUUCAUUUUCGGCGCCGAUAUCACGCCCAGUCCAUCAUUUCAUACACAUUGAAUGGCACCGAAAUACCGCACGUUUCGGCCUACACUGAUCUGGGCGUCGCCGUGGAUGACAGUUUAAAAUUCCACGAGCACUGUGCCCUUGCUGCGAGAAAGGCUGGGGGCGUUGUCCAUAACUUUCUUAGAUCUACUCGCUGCCGAUCACCUGACUUCAUGAUGUUCAUUUGGAAGACACACAUACGGCCCAUUAUUGAGUACGCUUCAUCUGUGUGGAACAGUGGAUAUGUUCAAGAUCUCAAGAAGUUAGAGAAAAUCCAGAGACUAUGGACGCGUAACACUCUGGGCCUCAAAGAUACGUGCUAUGGUGACAGGCUCAAAACACUUGAUCUUUUUUCUGUGCAGGGUCGCCUUCUUCGUGCUGAUAUUUUGAAGUGCUGGAAAAUAUUUCAUGGACACUGUCACAUCUCGCCGGAGGAUUUGUGGAGUCUGGAAGUAAAUGGAAGAACACGUGGUCACAGACACAAGAUCAAGGUCAUCCGCGCGCAUGUUGACGCGAGGUCCAGAUACUUCACACACAGAGUCGUCAAAGAAUGGAAUAGCCUCCCGGGGUGGCUAGUGCAAGAAACCUCCCUGCAGAAAUUCAAAGGAGGACUCGCAGAGGUGUUGGGCGCGAAACUUUACGAUUACUCAGUCUAAUGUUGCUACGUUAUAUGACAGAUUACGAUCGGUAUAAUGUCAAACCAUUGGAUCCCCCCCCCCUCCAUGGUAUGCGCCCCGUUCUUAACAAGCAAGGACAGGGUCAGAUGCGCCAUGGAGCUCCAAUCGGUCAUUCACCACUUGCCUCCUGAUUUCUGCAUUCCCACCAUGCCUGGCCUUCCUUCACAUGUCAUUCACCCAUUUGGUUUGCGGGUGAGACAGCAUUUGCGUUACACUUCACAGCCGUUUCUCUCUCUUUCUUUCUUUCUUUGUGGAGCAUUAGCACCAACUACGAGUCGAGUUUUGUCGACUUGUGUCGACUUGCACCAACUACGAGUCGAGUUUGUCGACUUGUUGUCGAGUUUCCACAACAAUUCACACGCAGACGCACAACACCAGUUCCCUGACUCAAGGCCCACCCACUGGCCCCAGCUUGUGUCCAACUAUAUUCUUUGGAAUUGGCGCGUCUCUGAACGACUUGGGUUUCCCUCCUUCUCACUCCUCUCCUAAGAGCAAGGCUGAGGAAACCCAACAGGUGAGUUAAACAGCUCAUUCCAUGAUGGGUCCCGUACCUGCUGCUAUCCAGGAACGACUGCAGAAUUUGACAGAUUAUGUAAAGCCCAUUCUUGCCGGCUACCUGGACCUGGAGUACGCGUGGUGGCAGGUCUGGCUGCUGUGGCCCGUCAUCGCGCUGCUCGUCAUCCCCGCCUCGCUGCUGGCCUCCCUCUUCCUGUCGGCCUUCUUCGUGGAGUGCUACCGACACUGGCACGGUCUGCGGGCGGCGUACGAGCAGAGUAUAUGGGACGGCGCGCGCUACACAGUCUGCGUCUGCUGGAAGGUGCACGGCAGGAUAUGGCACGGGUACGAGGUGAGCGGCCUGGAGAACCUGCCGUCGGGCCCGGCCAUCAUCGUGUUCUACCACGGCGCCAUCCCGAUCGACCACUACUACCUGCUCUCGGAGGUGCUCACCAGCAGCGGCCGGCUCAUCAAGACGGUCGGCGACCGCUUCCUCUACAGGAUACCAGGCUGGAAGCAGCUGAUGAGCGUGUUCUGCGUGAUCCCUGGCGGCCAGGCCAACUGUCUGGCGGCGCUGCAGCGCGGCGAUCUGCUGGCCAUCUCGCCGGGCGGCGUGCGCGAGGCCUUCUUCGGCCAGGGCUACCGACUCGUCUGGAAGGACCGCGUCGGCUUCGCCAAGGUGGCCGUCGAGGCCAGAGUGCCGAUCGUGCCCAUGUUCACGAUGAACGUGCGCGAGUCGUACCGCUCGUUCGUGGUGGGCCGCCGCUUCUGGACCUGGCUGUACGAGCGCACGCGGCUGCCGCUCGUACCCAUCUACGGCGGAUUCCCGGUGAAGAUGCGGACCUACCUGGGCCGGCCCAUCCACCACGAGGAGGGCACCACGCCCGAGCAGCUGGCGCUCAAGGUCCAGGUGGAGAUUAACCGUCUGAUCGAGGAGCACCAGAAGCUGCCCGGCAACAUCCUGCGCGGAGUCCUGGAGAGGAUCAUCGAGUGGCCAAAGUCCAAGGCCUCGUAGCGCGGCGGGGCGGACCGGGACGCGCGGCCCGCCCCAGCUGCAGCAGGACCGCCGUCCGGCGGACCAGUGCGGUAGGGUCUGAGCGUCCCCGGACGUACCGGGCCCGGGAGUAUGUACCACGCGGUGCCUUAGUGACGGGGCGCCCCGUGCAAUACUGUAAUCGUGCGCCCCGUGUCCGCGCGGAGGUGGCCUGUAAGUUACGAGCUUCUGCGGAGAUUAGCGCGGAGCAGCCGGCCAAAGAGCGCAGCUGUUGGAGCGUCGGGAGGCGCCGCCCGGCGGAGAUGCGAUGUGAACUGUGUUACAUAUCAGUAGUGGGACCGCGCAGACGGGACGCGUCGGUCGGCCGCGCUUAUGCAAUAGGGGCGGGUCCCUGCCGUCCCCCGUACCGUGUCUACUGUAGAACCCGCAGUAUAACCCUCGCCGUACGCGGACACCGGACCCGGCCAACCGAUCUCAGCCGACCCAGCCCCGCCCAGCGGCCAUUUACACACCUCGAGGGGCGCGGCCUGUACCGGGGCCCGCCCAGCGGCCAUUUACACGUCACCUCUAGGGGCGCGGCCUGUCCAGGGGUCCGCCAUGUUCUGUACACACCUAGGAGCGGGGCCUGCCCGUGGUCCGCCAUGUUCUGUACACCCCUAGGAGCAGGGCCUGUCACGGGGCCUGCCAUGUUCUGUACACCCCGUUGCGGCGUAUUCGCCGAGUCGGGCGGUGUUUUUUUAGUAUUGUCCGUGUAAUGGGUGACGGCGUGUAUAACGCGGCUGCAGUUGACGCCUAUAUCCCGUGUGUGACCGCCUGUACCGUUUUGUGAAUUAUGUGUGAGAGUGUUCCUCAGUCAUUCCCCAGUGUUCCGGAGCAGCGGGGCUGCCACAGGGUCGGUGCUAUGAGGGCCAGAGUGGCCCAUAGGAGGUGUGUCACGCUGGCACACGUGACGGUGUAUGCAGUGUUGGUGUCUUGGAGGCGAGCCCCUGGCUGUCUGAAAUACAUAUACGACAUGA